AUGGCAUCUUCGACAUUGAUCUCUUCCAUGCUAUUUCUUCUUCUUCUCUUGUUUUCGCUUCAUAUGGAUGAAGCUCUUGCUGCUCAACGUAAAAUCCGCAAACUGAAUGAGAUAAUCAAGGUGAGGAGGAAUUUGGAAGGCAAUGACUACAAAAGCUCUAAAUCGCGAGCUGGAGGGAGCGUAUCGAAUAAAUGCCACAGCAAAAGUUAUAACACGACCGUCACUACUUAUCUAAUUACUAAUGAAUCGUCUUCCCCAUGUAUAAAGUGCAACGUAAAGAACGGUUCAUGUUAUAGUUGCACCAAGACCAGAAAGUGCAGAUCGUCCAACGGCUCACCCUGGAGGUGCACCGUCACCGAGGUGUGUUGCCUUAUAGUAUAUUCAUCGAGAUAGACUUAUCGGAUGCAAAAUCAAUACAUAUAUAUAUAUAUAUAUCUUACCUUUGUGAGUUGGAAUAUGUAUAAUAUUACUUUGUAUUAAAUAAAAACAAUAUGAAUAUCAGAAUAUUGUUAUAAGUUAUAACACAUUGUAUCCAUGUACAUAUGCAUGUCCAAUUUUGAUUUGUAAGUAACAAGGGUGAGUCGAGCAUAUAGGUUUGAUCUUCA